UCAGCCCCGGGGACUGGAGAUGCUGAGCCUGGCUCUGAGCAGGCGGUUCCUGCCACUGCUUCCAGCUCCGCAUCCCGGCAGGGCGGGGAAGGGAGAGGGAGCCGGUGUCCCAGCCCAGCACCUGGACGCCCGGCCAGCUCCGUCCCCCCUCCUCCACCUCCCCGCCAUCCCCUCCACCGGCUCAGGUCCCCCAAGGAGCACGGCGGCCCUGCCCAGGCAUUCCCGGCACGAGGGGGACCAAGGAUGCUGCGCUAGUGGCUGCCGAUGGUGCUCACCCUGCUCGUCUCCGUCUAUAAACUGUGCCGGUUCUUCGCCAUGUCGGGGGCGGAGAGGCUGGCGGUGCCGGACUGCGUGAGCCAGCCGGGCUGGUGGGCAGGCGGAGGGAGCACCAGGGAGCGCCGCGAGGUUUCCCCCGGGGUGAACACGGAUGUGCAGGCGGCCCUAGACCGGAUCCUGCCUGCCCUGCACCUGGCCAUCUCCUCUGCCAAGCAGGCGGCUGGUCCCGCGGAGCUGAGGAGGGCCAUCGCGGAGGUCUUCCAGCUGGUGGAGGAAGCCUGGGGGAUGCCCACGCUGGGGAGGGACGUAGCCAAAGUGCUGUGCGAUGCGAUCCGCCUGGAGGGCGGCCUGGACCUGCUGCUGAACCUGCUGCACACAGCGGAGCUGGAGACCAAGUGCCAGGCAGGAAAACUCCUUGAGCAGAUCCUGGUGGCGGAAAACAGGGACCGGAUCGCUCGGAUCGGUCUGGGAGUAAUCUUGAAUUUAGCUAAGGAGCGAGACAUUCCCCAGCUGGCGCAGAGCAUCUCUGGCAUCCUGGAGCACAUGUUCAAACACACCGAGGAGACCUGUUUCCAGCUCAUCUCUGAUGGAGGCCUGGAUGCUAUCCUCUACUGGUGCCGCUGGACGGACCCUAUCGUGCUUCGUCACUGUGCCAUGGCCUUGGCCAACUGUGCCAUGUACGGAGGGCAGGCCAACCAGCGCCUCAUGAUUGAGAAGAAGACGGCAGAGUGGCUUUUCCCAUUAGUGUUCUCAAGGGAUGAUGAGCUGAUUCGCCUGCACGCGUGCCUGGCCAUCACAGUGCUGGCCACCAACAAAGAAAUCGAGAAGGAGGUGGAGCGGUCGGGGACCCUGGCUCUAGUGGAGCCCUUCAUCGCCUCUCUGGAUCCGGGGCAGUUUGCGUGUGACAUGUUGGACAGCAGUGACAACACCCAGGGAAGGACAGCUGAUGACCUGCAGCGCCUGGUACCCUUGCUGGACAGCUCGCGGCUGGAGGCACAGUGCAUCGCUGCCUUCUACCUCUGCACAGAGGCUGCUAUCAAAACUAGGCAGAAGAAAACAAAGAUUUUCAGUGAGAUUGGGGCUACACAGAGCCUGAAGAGGAUAGUGUGCUACUCCACCAGCGGCACAACCUCUUCCCUGGCCAAAAAGGUGCUGCGCAUGAUAGGGGAGGAGGUGCCUCGGCGCAUCCUGCCCACUGUUCCCAACUGGAAAACCUUUGAGGUGCAGACGUGGCUGCAGCAGAUCGGAUUCAACAAAUACUGCCAGAGCUUCCUGGACCACCAGGUGGACGGGGACAUACUCCUGCGACUGACAGAGAAGGAGCUGCAGGACGAUUUGGGGAUGGACUCCAGCAUCACUCGGAAGAGGUUCUUCCGGGAGCUGACAGAACUUAAGACAUUUGCAAACUAUUCCACCUGCGACCGCAGCAACCUGGCUGACUGGCUGGGCAGCAUCGACCCCAAGUUUCGCCAGUACACGUACAACCUACUGACGUGUGGCAUCAAUCGCAACUUCUUGCACCGUGUGACAGAGCAGCAGCUGCAGGAGGACUGCCACAUUGACAUGGGUUUCCACCGCGUCCGCAUUCUCUCUGCUGCCAGGGAAAUGCUUCACUCCCCCAUAACGCUGCAAAUCUCAUCCAAUGGGACUGAUGUAUUUAUCAGCUACCGGAGGAGCACUGGGUCCCAGCUAGCCAGCCUGCUGAAGGUCCACCUGCAGUUGCACGGCUUCAGUGUGUUUAUCGAUGUGGAGAAGCUGGAGGCAGGGAAGUUUGAGGACAAGCUGAUCCAGAGUGUCAUGAGUGCCCGCAAUUUUGUGCUGGUCCUCUCACCAAAUGCACUGGAUAAAUGCAUGGGAGACCCUGAAUGCAAGGACUGGGUGCACAAGGAGAUCGUGACAGCCCUGAACUCUGGAAAGAACAUUGUGCCGGUUACAGACCAUUUUGAGUGGCCCGAUCCACAGACACUUCCUGAGGACAUGAGAGCUGUUCUGAAAUUUAAUGGCAUCAAAUGGUCCCAUGAGUACCAGGAGGCCACAAUUGACAAAAUCAUCCGCUUCCUCCAGGGCCGUUCCUCCCGGGACUCUUCGGCUGGGUCAGAGAAUGGCCUGGACUGCUUGCCCUCUCUUGGGCAGACCUAGAAACAACACAGCUGCCUCAUUCCCUCCACAGAUCUUCCAGGAGACCCCUUUUCCGGUGGGGCCAAAUCUCUCCCUCUAGACUUUUUCUCAUCUUAGUGCUGCCCAACAGCCUCCCUCCCUCAGGACCUGGCCUACCUCUUGGCUUGAGACAAGGCCUGUGGCUGGGGCAGUCACAGGGCUUUAGUCCUUUUUUAUCCCCAAAUGCAAGUCCUUAGCACUAGAAGGCCAGUACUCACUUAGCUGGUGCCUGGAGCAGAGCCAGGGUGGACCUGCUGAGGAGGGACUGGUUGUCUUUCAUGUCCUCCCUUCAGGUGGCUGCUGGCCUAGGCAGGACAUUCAGGCUAUGCCUACCACAGUGCAGCAAGUGCACAGGACACAGGCACAGUCCAACCCCCACUCAAAUAGCUGCAGCACCACCCAAAAAACGUGUCCCAAGAGGAGGGAUCCUCUAAGUACUGUAAGCUAGAGGGGUAAUGAGGGGCCGCAGCAGGACACAGGAGGGAGAAGAGCAGUUGAGAGGAAAGAGCCCGUGAGCCUCUUAUAGCCUCUGCUGGGUCCUCAGGGAAUAUCAUUAAGGUCAGCAGUGGAGGGAGGAAAGGGCAAACAGAAGCUAAGGCCUAAGGAAAUCCCCAUGUUUGGGGAAGAUAAUGCAUUCAGGCAGGGAGUGUCAGGUCCUUCUUGAUUGCUCAGGCAGACACUUCCUCAUUAUUGCCCCUUCAACACCUAAGCGCUCUCCCUCCUUGAGGCCUUUCCCUUCCUAAUGCUGCAUAACCACUUUGUGCUCUUAGUUCUGGCCACAGAAGUUUAGUUUUAGAUCAAGUGAAGUUUCCAAAGGGUCUUUGCAAGAAGUGCUUUUAAAACAACCCCUUACCUACAUCUGAUGCCUCAGCUUUGCCACUUUAUCAGGUCCUUAUAUACAGGGCACGGGAGGCUGGUUUGGGACUCUUAAAAAUAUAUUACCAUGUAGAUAUGGAAGAUGGUAGUUGCUGUGCUGUACCUGUGGAGUUAUUAUACACUGGCUAUAUUUUAUUCUGUUGUUGGUUCUCCACCACAGAUCUCUUAUGGUUAGUUCUUUCAACAGGAGCUGACUCAUUUCUUUGCUGACUGGCACUUACCUGAUAGCCCUGGUUACGCUCCUCAAGCUCAGGGCUGUCCCUACUCUCCGCUGGAUGCAGUGCCAGGUAGCAAUUGUUUCCGUGUCCCUUCUUCCGACCCCUUGUUCAACACCCACCAGAUCCUUUUGCAGCUACUCACCUUGAAAUGUCAGGAAGGGGUUUGAUGUCAAUGAAAAGGGCAGGUGGAGGCUGCUAGGUGUGAGCAAAAACUCAGAGCAGGACUGGCCAGCAUCUGCUGUCGACACUGCAGUAGAGGAAAUACAGGCACCUCAACACGCCUCCUCUGAAUUCUGCCCUCCGGGCCUGUCCUACUUCUCAUACCUGCUUGGAGGGUGAGCAGGCUCUCAACAAGGUAUCAUUUUGAAGCUAAGAACUGCAAAACCACAGCUCCACCGACUUGAGUUUGUCUUUUCUGAUGCAGAGCGAAGUUAAUAAUGCAAAAGGACACCCAAACCACAACACGCACAGCCCUCCUACAAGGAGCGAGACCAAGGCAUGGCCAAGGAACUGCUGCCUGCCCAGACUCCUUGGGGAACUGGCUGAUGGACCCCUCUGCAGAACAUAAGGCAGAAAGCUCCUCAAGUCCAUCCCUGCUCAGGAUAACCCUUACCUUUCAGGAGGUAAUGAGGAGGCUCAGCUACGUUCCAGUCCAGGAGUAACCGAGUCACCUUGUCCUUCUCCUGGCUCUCCCUGAAGGCUUGCUGCCCGCCUUAGCUUUCAGGAACACAAGCAUUUGCUUUGGCUUAGAUUCAUGAAUAUUUGAGAGAAAAAAAAAAAAGUUAAAUUGUGGUGCUUAAUCACAUCUUUAUGGAUAGUUCUUACCAGCUCAUAGUUAAUGGCAUCUAUGCUUUCUGGGGAAAGAACGUUAAUGGCCAUAUCCACCCCGCAUUAAUCAGAAACAGAAUCUAUCUAAUCUUCAGAUUAAAUAUGAGGAAGCCAGCAGAUGAGCCCAAAGGUGAAUCUGCGAAAGGAUAAAAGCCACAGAGCUUUUAUGUGAGCUUCUUCAGGGAGAAGUUUUGAGUCACUGAUUGAAGAUCAAGGCCUCCAUGCCCACUGACGUCCCCCACAAAGAGUCCUAAAGAUUUUGCUGCCUACGACACUACAUAAAAACCCCAGAAAGAUACCAGAAGCAAAAAUCUUGUGUAAAAAGGGCUUCUGGUUUCCCAGGAGCUCUCUAUCAUUUAACCUCCUCACCCACCAUUCAAUAUAGAGAAGAUUUAGUUGUCUUCUACAGCUUAGCUGGUUUCGCCUGCAAUGAGAUCCCACCUCUUGCUCCAGCUGCCCAGACUGUAACUCUUCCUGUUUCCCUACCAUUCUACUACCUUCGCCCCGAUGAACUUAUUCUACUCUUGGCAAAGCAUCCCAUAUUCAACCCCUUCCAGACAGAGCAGAAGAUCCUGAAGAGAUAAAUGCUUCUCUGUUCUCACCCUUUCUUAUUCCUUUGUCAUGUCAUAUCGGAAAGACUUUAAAGUCGUUCUGUCAGCCAUUAUUAAUAAAUUGGGUUUAUACUCUAAA